AUGGAUCCGCGCGACCGCGACUACGACGACGACGACUACCGGACCGGAGAGACAACACCGCUGCUGGCGGAUCAGCCGAUCCCCAAGUCUGAACCCGUCACCAGCAGCUUGUUGUUCGAGUUUCGCUUGCUGUGCCAGUACUCGUUUCCUCUGAUCCUCACCUAUCUCCUCCAGUACUCCUUCACCGUCAUCACGACAUUCGCCGCAGGCCAUCUCAGCGCCGAUGACCUCGCUGCCGCCAGCAUCGGUCUUAUGACCAUGAACAUCAUCGGCUACGCCAUCUACGAGGGCAUGGCCACCGCCCUUGACACUCUUUGCGCCCAGGCCCACGGCUCCGGGCAGCUGACCGCUGUCGGACUCCACGUCCAGCGUAUGCUCAUCCUCAUGGCCAUCAUCACUGUCCCCAUCGGUGCUGUCUGGGCGUUUUCCCCGACCAUCUUGUCUGCCUUUGUGAAGCAGCCACACCUGGCUAUCAAGGCCGGUUCGUUCUUGAGGGUUAGCAUGAUAGGUGUCCCCGGCUAUUUCUCCUUUGAGGCUCUGAAGCGCUUCCUGCAGGCCCAAGGUGAAUUCAAGAGUGCCAUGGUUGUGCUCAUCAUCUGCGCCCCUAUCAACGCCUAUCUUACCUGGCUGUUUGGCUUCAAGCUGAACAUGGGCCUCGAGGGUGCCGCGCUCGGUCAGGCCCUGGCCAACGACCUCCGCCCCAUCCUCCUCCUCGUCUACAUCGUCUUCUUCGGGAAGUGGUCUCAUCAGUGCUGGGGCGGCUUCUCCCGGAAGGCCUUCCAGGAAUGGGGCCUGCCAGUUCAGCUUUCCAUUGCCGGCUCGCUCGUCAACCUCGGCGAGUGGGCUGCUUUUGAGGUCCUGACCUUUAGCACCUCCUACCUGAGCACCGAGCACAUUGCUGCGCAGACAAUCAUGACGACCAUCUCCAUCGUCAUGUGGCACAUUCCCUUUUCCAUCUCUGUCGCCAUUUCCACGAGAAUUGGCCACCUCAUUGGCGCUGGUCUCGUGCCUGUCGCUCGUCGGGCGACCAGCCUUUACGCUGUUGUCUUCACCGUCGUCGGUAUCCUUGACGGCGCCAUUCUCUUCCUGUUCCGCAACCAGCUCGGCCUCAUCUUUUCCGAGGAUUCUACCGUCCAGGAGCUGGCGACCAAGUCUAUGCUUGCCGUCGGCGCCUUCCAGCUCAUCGACUCCAUCAUCUGCGGAUGCAACGGUGUUCUCCGAGGCCUCGGUCGCCAGUCUGUUGCCGCGUGCGUGGUCUUUGCGGUCAAUUACCUGGGGGCAGUGCCUUUGGCAGUAUGGCUCGAACUUGGAUCUCCCGGUCUCGAGUUGGAUGGUGCUUGGAUCGGUCUCGGAAGUGGAAUGGUUUUGAUCGCUAUUAUUGAGUGUAUCUACAUGAAGAUCAUCAGAUGGCAGGACUGCGUGGAAAGCGUCCGGUCCAGGGAAGGUCUAUAA